GCUUUCCCUUUGUGAAAUCGAAGAGCCGUUUUAACGGUUGAGCUGACCAACCGUCACACCCAAAUCCAAAUCGCCCCCUCCACUAUCCACAAAGAACAACAUAACCAAUUUCUAACCGGAGCUCCACCGCGCCGGUGAGCCAUGUUCGGCUCUCUGAACCUAUCCCCAUCCCCUAUUGUUCGACCGAUUUCGACCCGGAAAGUUAUUUCAAACAGCCGGAGCAAGAGAGUACUGUUUUCUGUUACAUCAUCUUCGGAAAACUCCAUGGCUUCCACCUCUGCCAGCACAAAUGAACCCAAAUCGGAAACUUCCCUUUUGGCUCCUCCUAAUUUCAAGGCGCCACAGCCCAAGCCUUUCAGGGCUAGGGGCGAUAAGCUCUUCGACGUAUUGGGAGCUGCUGUUGCUAUAGUCUUUCGACUGGGUACUGGCGCUACUGUUUCUGGAUAUUCAGCCUCCCUUGUUAGCAAGGAUAAAAUACCAUCUGACCAGUAUGCACUUGAAAUUGCAGGCUUCAAGGUGAAAGAGAGUUCAAGAGUGGGUCCUCGCCCAGAGAAGCCCAUUGAGAUAUACGAAUUUGAAAGCUGCCCCUUUUGUCGGAAGGUAAGGGAAAUUGUUGCAAUUUUGGAUCUUGAUGUGCUGUUCUAUCCAUGCCCAAGAAAUGGACCAAAUUUUCGUCCAAAGGUCGCACAAAUGGGAGGAAAACAACAGUUUCCUUAUAUGGUUGAUCCAAACACUGGGGCUGCAAUGUAUGAAUCAGAUGAGAUAAUAAAGUACCUGGUUGGAAAAUAUGGUGAUGGACAUGUCCCACUUUCUUUGUCUCUUGGUCCGCUAACUACAUUGUCAGCUGGCUUAGCUAUGAUUGGUAGAAUGGGAAAGGGAUCUUCCUAUACACCAUCUAAACUUCCACAAAAGCCUCUUGAUAUUUGGGCAUAUGAGCCUUCUCCGUUUUGUAAAAUUGUGCGUGAAGUACUUGUUGAACUUGAGCUGCCUCACAUACUUCACAGUUGUGCUCGGGGCAGCUCCAAACGUCAAACAUUGUACCAACGAGUUGGACAUUUCCAGGUUCCAUACUUAGAGGAUCCAAAUACCGGGGUGCAGAUGUUUGAGAGUGCAGAGAUUGUUGAAUAUCUACGGGCAACUUAUGCACUUAAAGGAGUGAGCUAAGGCGUGCUUAUCUCUCUGCAGUUUAUAUCGGUUUUGUCGAGACCUCAUAAGUAACAUCUUGGAGUGUUGAUAUAUGUCUUAAGACUUUAGUGUAACAGAAACCUAUUGAACGGCUAUUUUCCAUUAAAUGUGGUGUUCUGUGUUGCAUUUUCGAUUUAAAGCAGGCAUGGGACUUGGGACUUGGAACCUUAAAAACCGGGAAAACUGAUCCGAACCGAAUCAAAAUUGCAAUCUAGAUUUAUACUUUAUUAUGAACAGGUUUGGUAAUUUAGAUUUUGACGGUCUCUUAUCAAUCAUUUUUAUUAAACAUGUGAUUUGUAAUCUGGCACGUUAAAUUCUACACUAAACACGUGAUUUGUAAUCACAAUAAUUAUGAUUGAU